AUGCCAUCCUUCAACCAGAGCAUUUUCCACCCUGCAGUCUUCUUCCUUACUGGCAUCCCUAGCCUUGAAACCUCUCAGACCUGGACCUCUAUCCCAUUCUGUUGUCUCUAUGUCAUUGCUAUCUCUGGAAAUGGCAUGAUCCUGUUUGUCAUCAUCACUGAGUCGAGCCUACAUGAACCCAUGUACUAUUUUCUCUCCAUGCUAUCCUUCAUGGACCUAGGUCUGUGUCUUUCUACAUUGAUCACCAUGCUGGGUAUUUUCUGGUUCACUGCUCGAGAAAUCAGUUUUGAUGCCUGCAUUGGCCAAAUGUUCUUUAUCCAUGGCUUCACAUUCAUGGAGUCCUCAGUACUUUUGGCAAUGGCCUUUGACCGCUUCAUUGCCAUCUGUAACCCACUGAGAUAUGCCACAAUCUUAACCAAUUCACGGAUUAUUAAAGUGGGCUUUGCAAUUGUUCUUAGGGGGACAACAGCUCUAGUGCCUCUACUCCUGCUCCUUAAGUGCCUCUCCUGCUGUAGUCAUGUGCUCCACCAUUCCUACUGCUUCCACCCUGAUGUGAUGAAGCUCUCAUGCACAGACACAUGGAUCAACAGUGCGUUUGGCCUGGUCAUUGUUAUCUCUACUGCUGGCUUGGACUCCGUCUUGAUCCUCCUCUCCUAUGCUCUGAUCAUCCACUCUGUGCUCUGAAUUGCCUCCCCAGAGGAGCAGAAAAAGGCUUUUGGUACCUGUGUCUCUCACAUCAGUGCAGUUGCCAUCUUCUACAUCCCCAUGAUCAGUUUGUUACUAGCGCACAGAUUUGGAAAGCAUGCCCCUCCUCUUGUGCACACGCUCAUUGCCAAUGUUUAUCUGCUUAUCCCUCCUGUAAUGAAUCCCAUAAUCUACAGUGUAAAGACAAAGCAAAUUCGCAAGAUUGUGCUCAAAAUAUUUCUCUCUAAGCUAAUUUAG